UUUUCGUUAAUUUAGACUGCUAUUCCAGUGAAUAUGCAAUGUUGCUCCCAGAGAACACUUCACAGAGCUAUUACAGUCUUUAGAGGAUCCACUCACAGCCUGAGGAGCUUCACCGUCCCCACCAUGACCACUGGCAAGCUAGACUCGCCGCAAUUCAAAGCCAUACUUACUCCAGAGCUGACUAAACUAGGGUCCUUGUUCACCUCAAGAGGCUAUGGCUUCAGGCUAGUAGGAGGUGUGGUGAGAGACCUGUUGCUGGGGAACACUCCCAAGGACAUUGACAUAGCAACAGACUGUACCCCCGAUGCUAUGAUGGAGAUAUUCAAGGAGAAUGGUGUUCGGUACAUACCCACUGGUCUACAACACGGCACCAUCACUGUACACUCUGAGACUGGAGUCGACUAUGAGGUGACCACCCUUCGAGUGGACAGAAUCACAGACGGACGCCAUGCAGUGGUUGACUUCACCAAGGACUGGCGAUUAGACUCCCUCCGCCGUGACCUCACCAUCAACUCCAUGGGUCUCACACUCGAUGGAACACUGUACGAUUAUUUCAAUGGCCUCAGGCAUUUGGAGGAGAGGAGGAUACAGUUUGUGGGAGAGGCUCGAGCGAGGAUACAAGAGGACUACCUUCGCAUACUCAGAUACUUCAGAUUCUAUGGCCGGAUUGUUCCUGAUGUUGAUUGCCAUGACUCUGAUACUCUGACGGCCAUACGAGAGAAUGCAGUAGGACUGAAGGGCGUGUCUGUUGAGAGGGUGUGGUCAGAACUCAAGAGGAUCCUCGUUGGCUGCCACGCCCCCCACCUCAUACAGCUCAUGUACAAACUUGGUGUGGCUGACUGCAUAGGACUGCCCACUAACGGCAAUGUGGCUGAGUUGGAGCGAGCCUGGAAGGUCAUGAAAGGUCAUGGACACACACUACAACCAGAGUCCCUUCUAAUGAGUAUAGUACACACUGUGGACGAAUCAUACGACCUCUCCCAUGCAUGGAAACUAAGCAACGAUGAGAAACGCCUGGGGGCAUUCAUUGUACAGCAUCGAAGGGAGGCAUCCAAAGCGGACACAUCUCUCAAGACGUACCAAGAUCUAAUAGUUGAUGGAGCACCUGCUCGUUCUGUAGUGGAGCUGCUAUAUUACUGUGACAGACGUGCUUUGGCCGAGGAGGUGGAAAAAUGGAAGGUACCAAAGAUGCCAGUGAACGGCUAUGAUUUGAAGAUGGCAGGAUUCAAGACAGGCUCUGAGAUGGGGUUGCUAUUGAGGCUGCUCAAGGCACAGUGGAAGAAGAGUCAUUUCACACUAGACAAAGAAGAACUGCUCAUGAUAGCAACCAAGACAGAACUUGAACCCACUAGCUAGACUUUAUGUUUCUUGUGUAUGUGAAUGUGUGUUGUCAAGGUGUGUAUAAGUUGUUCGUGUUUCUUGUCAGGAGCCCAUUCUCUUAUUUAUGGGCCCCUGUUCUUGUGUAUGUGUUGUCACAAGGUGUGUAUAAUUUGAUUUAUAGUACAUGGGUAUAUCUACUGAUUAGCAUUUUAUGAUU